AUGAAAAAGUGGCUAUCUCUGAAUUAAAAGUUGUCCUUUCCUCAGAAGAAUUAGAUUUAUAGUUAAUUGAGAAGUAAUUAGGAGAUUUAUUAAUUGAAGAAUCUCAUUUCUAAAAGAAUAUGGAUAAGAUUAUUGAAGGUCUAUCUUUUAAUGAUUUAGUACAAAAUGUAGGAGAUAAACAAUUUAAUUUUUCUGUUUCAAAAAUUAGGUUUUGGAAAGAAAAAUAUCAACAUUUUUUAUAUGAAUUAAUCAAAUAUUAAAAGUUAAAUUAUAUUAAUUUUGGGUGUUGUUUUUAAUUAGCACCUCAAACUAAAAAUAGUAAUCAAAACAAUCGAAACAUUUGGGAAUAAGGACAUUUCUUUAAUUUUAUUGAAAGAAGAGCUGAUAAAUUAAGAAAAUAUAAUAAGAGACAAAGAUUAAUAAACAGUCAAUUAAAAAAGUGAUUAAAAUAAAGAAAUUAAAGCGUCUGAAUAAAUAGUAAAAUAGGUGGAAAAUAAAGAAAUUUGUGAAAAAGAUAAUGGUCGUGCUGAUAAAUUACAUGGUAUAAAUUUUAAUUUUUGCAGCAACAAUAGUUGGAACACUUAUUUAUUAUUUAUGAUUAAGGUUGUAAAAUUAUAAUAAUCAAAAAUAAAUGAAGAGAAGGAAUUAUUGCAAAAACUACUUGAAAAAUUACUAAUUUCUCUAAUGAAUAUGUAGAAUUUGAAGUAAGAUUGGAAGUAUUAGUAUGAUAGAUUAUCAUGUGAAAUGUUGUAAAUGUUGAUGAGAAUAGAUGAAUUAUAAGAAUAAAUUAGUCAUGAGGCUAACCUCAAUUAACAUGAUUUACAGCUAAAAGAGUUGGAUGAAACAACUUAGGAAUUAGAUGAAUAUAUAGGAAAUAUUAGAUGAAUGG